AAGAGGCUGCAUCAUCAUCUAUGUAUCCUCGCAAACUCCUGUACCCAUCUCGUACUGCCCCAUUGAUUCACACUCCUAGUAUAACCAAAGUUCCAUCUUACACACUGUUGUAUAAUUUUAUCGGAAUCCAUGGCCCGAAAUCGCAAACCUUCAAAAAAGCCAGCCACGGAAGAGAACCAACAGCCGUCAGUGGACAUUCCAGAGCAGGAGCAAUGGCGAAUCAUAAAGGAAUCUGGCAUACUGAAGGGCGUCCCUAUCGAGAACCCGAACUCAAGCUCUAACAGCGACGAGGAGCCUGAAGGACUCUCGCCUCUUGUGGAAGAGAUAUUCAGUGCCAUAAAUCUCAUUAUACUGCACUCGUUCCUGCUCAUAAUGAUGGAGAUUUUAAUACACUACCAGUAUGGUAGACAUCCGACGUACGGUGCUAUUUUUCAGCGAAUGCUUCCAAGCGUACCUUUCCUGUCUGUUUUCAUAUUUUAUACCAGUCGAUACAAACAGACUCGGGCAAUGCAAGGCUUUCUCUUCGUUCUUUCCCUCGCUAUGGGUAUACGUCUAAUCUAUAUCAUAAAUGUCGCGUCUUGGACGGUCAACAUGAGACAGGCCCCACCCCUGGCUACGAUCUGGGUAUAUUGCAUCGUGCAGCUGAAUCUCUUACCUGCUACCCUAAGUUUAGUCAUUGUAUAUGGCUGGGUAUAUUACAGGGGGAUGAAGUUAUUCUUCUAGUCUAUAUAGUAACACUUAAACCUACUCUUAUGAAAGCUACGUAACAAGGACAGGAAAUGGAGAAUGUACCCUUCUCAGGGCGGC